CUGUCGUGAAAGUCGGGCCUACGUUAGAACUCUCCCGACUCCAUCGUCACUUGGAAAUUCUUGAAGACUUAUCGAGAGGCUGAAAUGAGGCUAACCAUAAAUACUAAAAGGACUCAAUGGUAACCAUUCGCAAAAGACAUUACAGUGUCUUUCAGGAAGUGAACAUUACCUUCGCUCAUUAAUCUCUCCCGUGGUCUCUAUAUAUAUUCAAUCAAGGACAAGGAAAACGAACAUAGAGACUUUCUGGGUCACGUUUUCUAAGAUUUGUCUCAUUCUCUAUGAUGAUUAUGUGGUUAGAGACAUCAGAAUCAAUUGCUAAUGAGUGCUGCUGACAUGAACAGCCUACUGUAACUUAUUAUUUUGUACAUCCUAAGAGGAAGCAAUUCUUCUGAGAAAAUAAAGCUUUCAAAGAACAAUAUAGCAUUUUUGUGCAAUUCGAAGGAAAGGAAGCAACCGCAGUUAAAUGCAAACUGAAUGAUGCGAAUAUCGGAAGUCAUGAAAUGAUCAGUACUACAAUAAUCUGAACAGCCAGUUGUCCCGAUCGAAGGAAUGAAUGACAUCGAAAUAAAUAAUAGAUAAAGAAAGAAAAAAGAGAGAAGGAAAAAUAAAGAUUAAUAGAGCAUGGUGAGAAGCGUCAUCGUCUGAUGAAAAAAUGCAACGUUUUCGAGGUCUGGAUUCCUUCGCUCACUCCCCGUCAGGCCCUCCCCCUCCCCCUCCCCCUCCCCCUCCCGCCUUUGGAUAGAUCAAAGGUCCCUCGAGAAUUUAUCGGAAAAAAUAUAGGAGUUGGAUCUAAGAGCAAUAUAGAAUGUGUUUCGAGAAGAUUGCCUUGUGAUCUUGAAGGGUGACCUUAGGCUCCGACCCUCUCCGCUUUUUCCUUUUUUUAUUUUUAUUUUUUUAUUAUUAUUUGUCUCUCGCUGUUCGAGGGACGCGACACAGACUGGGUUAUCCUUCCGCCCCACCCCUAUCGAGGUACUUUCGGAUGUCAAGAGAUGGCGCUGGCUCCGCAGACCAACUUCCUCCAUUUUCAUAUCCUUGUCAUCUCCAUGGCCAGGCACUGCCUGUCCAACGUUGUCACACCCAAUUUAGGAUGGAACUGGGAGAUGUGGUGGACUUACGACGGAAUUUCAGGGCCGGAGUUCUGGGGCGUCAUUAACCCAAAUUGGGCCAUGUGCUCGCAGGGGCGACGGCAGAGCCCAAUUAACCUGGACCCUCGAACCCUAUUGCAUGACCCCAAUUUGACUCCGGUUAUGUUCGACAAAUCUAAGGUCAAGGGGGAACUCGUCAACACAGGGCACAGCCUAGAAUGGCGAGUCAGAGCAUCAUCUAUCCCUACGGUCAACCUGUCAGGCGGUCCACUCUCGUACACUUAUUCCGUCAGCCAUUUAAGAUUGCACUUCGGAGAAAGGGACCUGCAGGGCUCUGAGCACACUAUAGCAAACUACGCCUUUCCAGCCGAGUUGCAGAUUUAUGGAUACAAUUCGCAGCUGUACACGAAUUUCUCGCAAGCGGCUAGUCAAGUAUACGGCGUGGUAGCUGUCGCCAUUCUUAUCCAGCUUGGAGACCGCACUUCCCCCGCCCUUUCCACUAUGCUGGAGACUCUGCCUGACGUGAAGUUUGGGGGGUCGUCAUCUUCUCAAAUCCACGAGUUGACCAUAAGCGAUCUGCUGCCAUCUACCGACCAAUAUUUGACCUACGACGGCUCUCUCACCAUCCCCGGGUGCCACGAGACGGUCACGUGGAUACUCCCGAACAAGCCAAUCUAUAUAGCUUUUAAGCUAAUGCGAAGUUUGAGACGCCUGAAACAGGGGAAAACAGACUUCAGUCGAAAUGCGCCAGUUGCCAACAACUUCCGGCCGUUGCAGUCGGCGCACCACCGUACCGUCCGUACUAAUAUCAUCUUCAGUGAUGCACAGGGUAAAAAAUGUUCGACUCUGGAGCCAAGAUUUCGUUACAGAGCCAAUGACUGGAGGAACUCCUGACCAGAUAGAAGUUCCACCUGGUUUUCUCUCCCUCGUCCUUUCCCUCUAUACACUUCCUCAUCCUCCUCACCCUCCUCCCUUUAUUCUCCUUCCUCCUCCCCAGUUAGAGGACUUCCUCGCAGUCCUAUCUCCAGAAACAGCCUUCGCGGUCGAAGUCACGAGAGCAGCCGAUGGACUUCCCACCUGAUCUCUGAGCGAAUUUGCCUGUUUAGCUGCGUUUGAAUAAGAUGUCUGUCUCCCUGUCCUGGUAGCCUACGAAGAUGAACACGCAUCACUCCCAGAUGUAUACA